UGCAGAUUUGCCAAUGUACGCAUAUAUCUAGACAUAUUUUAUAUUAACAGUCACAGAUUUAUCUAGAUAAGGAUACAUUAAAAUAUAUUAUAAUUUGUAGAUACACAUCUAAAGUAUACCAUCACUUUAGCAGGCACGAGAUAUGUAUGCGUCAUAAUUCGGUGCAGAUACGUACCAGCGCCUACAAAGAUCCACUCCACACCCACCGGGGUAGCAGAACUUCGGUGCUAGAUUUGCCAGGAGAACCAGUAGUGGCCGACCAGCGACAUGACGUCGGUGACAUGUGACCGGACGAGGAGGAAGUCGGCGUGCGUAACCGGAGGGGACGGGUACAUCGCGUCGGCGCUCGUGAAGAUGUUGCUGGAGAAGGGAUACGCCGUGAAGACGACCGUCAGAAAGUCCGAUGACCUGGAGAAGGUACCCCAUCUCAAGGAUUUGCAAGCGCUCGGCCCCUUGGACGUCUUCCGCGCCGACCUGGAAGACGAGGGCAGCUUCGAUGACGCCGUCGCCGGCUGUGACUAUGCCUUCCUCGUCGCCGCUCCGGUUAUCCUGAACGCAGAGAACCCAGAGAAAGAAGUGAUCGAGCUGGCCGUCAAUGGCACCCUCAACGUGAUGAGGUCGUGCGUGAGGGCGGGGACGGUGAAGCGCGUGGUCCUGACGUCGUCGGCGGCGGCCGUCUCCGACCGGCCGCUGCUGGAAGGCGACGGCCAUGUCCUGGACGAGGAGUCCUGGUCCGACGUCGACUUCCUCAGAGAAAACCAGACCAUUGGCUGGGCGUAUGCUGUCUCCAAAGUGCUUGUCGAGAAGGCAGCGUGCGCGUUCGCGGAGGAGAAGGGCAUCAGCCUGGUCACCGUGUGCCCCGUCGUGGUGGUGGGCGCGGCGCCGGCGACGAGGGUAAACACCAGCGUGCUCGACGUCCUCUCCCUGCUAUCCGGCGACGACGACAGGAUCCGCAUCCUGGAACUCAUCCAGAGGGCGUCCGGCUCGAUCGCGAUGGUCCACGUCGACGACCUCUGCCGCGCCAAGAUCUUCGUCGCCGAGGCCGAGGACGAGGCGGCGUCUGGCAGGUAUGUCUGCUGCAGCCUCAACACCACCGGCGUGGAGCUCGCCCGGUUCCUGGCGGCUAAGUACCCGCAAUACAACGUGAAGACCGACCGGUUCAGUGGUCUCCCCGAGAAGCCGAGGGUCCGCAUCUCGUCGGCGAAACUCGUCGGGGAAGGGUUCGAGUUCAGGUACAAGACGCUGGACGAGAUAUAUGAUAACGUCGUCGACUACGGAAGGGCCUUGGGAAUCCUGAAGUACUAGAAUGACGGGCCUGUCCAUAAUUGGAUCUCCGAACCAAACAAUUCGAAUAAACCCAGCUUCUCCUGAAAUCCAAAUUUGCUGAAAUGUGGGUCUUCAGUUUAUAUGAAAAAGGUGAAAAUAUUUAAUGAAAAGUAUUCGUUCACUAA